AUGCCAAAAUCAACACGACAACCUCCAGUGUUUGGCCUCAUGGCUGCCAUCGCUUUAUUUCUAAUCCUGGAAGCUUGCAUCGCUCGAGUCGCAAAUAGAGAUUGCGGUUCUUCGAUAUGUGGAGACGUUGAAAUCAAAAACCCUUUUCGGUUAACAACGCAACCUUCCAAGUGCGGUGAUCAUAGGUUUGAACUGGAGUGUGACAGUAACAACCGCACCAGUUUGGUCAUGAAGUAUGACAGAUUCAAUGUUCAAAACAUCACUUAUGAAACUCAGACGGCGCAAAUAAUUACCUAUUCGAAUAUCGGAUCCCAAUUCCAAAACAUCACUUAUGAAUCUUACACGAUGCAAGCCAUCGAUGCAAAUCUCAGCAAGGAUGAUAAUUGCUCCCUUCCUCGCAGUUCCUUUCGCGUAGAUGACUUUUGUAAGGUUCCCUAUUCAUUGAGCGCUCCAUCUCAAAUGAUGUUUCUUGUGAACUGCAAGAGACCGAUGAAAUCUUCUUCGUAUAUUAAUGCCUCUCAUUGCCCCACUAGCUCUUCGCAUCCACCUGCUUCCUAUUUUUAUUUUUUAGAUGGGGAAACCCCCGCCAGAAAAUUCGAUGAAUCUUGCACGAUCGAUGCCUUGGUUCCGAUUAUGGUCAAGAAUAUCAGCGGCAUGUCUACUUCGGACAUCUACCAGAAGAAUAUCAGCGGCAUGUCUACUUCGGACAUCUACCAGAACCUAUUGCUCGUCUUUGAAAUAGAUUCUUCUGGACUCCAGUACUGCUACGAGAAGGAAAGGCCUUUUCAAUUGAUGUUAGAAUCCUUGCAAUAUGCCUUGCAAACCUAUGCAGAUAGCUUCGUGCAUUUCUUGUUCAAUGGCCCUCAUGUAUUCCAAAAUACGUAUUAUGCACCUGACAGUACUAGUGUUUUAUGUGUUGGAGUAACAGGAGGAGUUAUCUUAGCAAGAUAUUUACUGGGGAUAUGUUGCUUGCUUGCACUUGUUGCAUACAAAUGGCGGAGAAGACAUUUAUCUGCUGAUGAUACCAUUGAAAAUUUCCUUAAAUGCCAAGGUGAUCUAAUGCCAAUAAGGUACUCUUUUCGCCAGCUAAAACAAAUGAGUAGCGCUUUCAAAGAAAAAUUAGGUGUAGGUGGCUAUGGCUCGGUAUAA